AUGGUUGAGGAGCUCCAACGACGGAAAGCCGCUUUUUUAGCUCAUUUCAAGAGCAAUAGCGCUUCCAUUGCCAAUGGAGAGGACACGACAGCACCUACAGCCUCUGACUUUCGCUCUAAUCGAUCAAUUGAUGCAAUGAUGACACCGCAAAGUGGUACAGAUUCUAAAUGUCACGUGUGCAAUGUACCUCUUCGAUUAUUACGCGUUCGACAUCGAUGUCGUAAUUGUGGACUUGCUGUAUGUGGUGUACACAGUAAGAACCAAGUGCCAUUGCCCCACUUGGGGAUUAUGAAGGAAGUACGAGUGUGUGACUUGUGUACGAGACACCUGGUACAACGUCGAGCGGGAUAUCGUAGUCCAAAGAGUUCGAGAUCGAGACAAAACUCAAAUCCAAAUUAUGCUGAACGAGAGAGCGAUCCAGAGCUACCGCCUCUUACGGGCGAGAAAAUGUCAAUGCCGUUAAAGGAGUGUCUGCCAUUGGUGGACAAUAUGGGAACAACACCAGGGACACCUGAUGGUUGCAGUCAAACUGGCUUUAGCUUGAACUCGCCAGGCUCAGCAAACAAUAAUGUCAGUGCAAUGCCUGGCAUUUUGUUCAGUUGCUUAUUGGAGGAACAGGACAACACUGUAGAUGAGAUCUUGUACUUAGGCACAUUCACGAUGGGAGGACGGUCCCUAGCGAGUCGUCGUAUGAGCGCUAACGUGGCGUUGUGGAAGUGGAGAGUUUUCAUGCUGACAACGGCAGAGAUGCUGUGCUUCAAGGCGACUGGAUCAAUUACCGAUGACGAUAGUGUUCCAUUGUCGGCUAUGGCGCUGGGCGAAGUGCGAUCGUCCGUCCAUUUGUCGGAUAUUUUGCACAUCGAGGUGAACGAUCAAUUUCCGCGUAUUUUGACGGUGAUCCGCUCCGAUGGCCGAGUCUUCCGCGUGCGUGCGCGCACCCCUGAACAGUGCACGGAGAUCGCGGUUACACUGCGUAAGGCUAUGCAGCUUUUUCAGGACGCAUUGUUUAAGCUGCAGCGUGGCCCACAGCCUGAGGACAAUUCCAUUAGUUGUGUAACUGUCCAGCACGAGUCAUCGCUUCCCGAGUUUGUAGUAGCUAGCAACCCGGCCGUCGGCGAAGCGUUUCAAGUGGACAUGUAUCCCUCAAGUAUUCUCCGCUUUUACGUAAACGGCCCUUCGGCUAACGGUACAGCGCUUUAUUCGCGCGAGAUGCUCACCCAUGGAGACAAGGGUAGUUCGCCUGUUGUGGUAGAGGCCGAGCCAUUGGGAAACGGCCCGCGCGAUGAUCACGUGCUUCAUGUUGCAGUGAAAUCUGAGAAGGCUUUGAACUACUUGGAAGGAGAAACUAAUCGACGCUUCUGGGGGCUUACUUCAUUUCUUGCGGCAGUUGCAGCAGUCAUGAACUCGAUGGACACAAGGUCUUUUGAGCUUUUAGCGGGACUAUCGGCGCUUGUAUUGCUCAUUACUCGCUUCCACGAGCGCAUCAGUUUGUUGCUAACGACUAAACGAUUCUCGAGGGCAAAGCAAUUGCGUAUAGAAUGUGUCGAAAUUACGAUGGGGAAGAGCGAUGGGUCAUCGAUGGGUGACGAUGACGAACAAGCCGAAGAGCUCGACAGUCGUUUUCUUGCUGGAUGUGAAGGUGACGUAGAGGAAGCAAAGGAACGGUACGCUGCGACAAUGAAGUGGCGAAAGGAAAAGGAUGUGGACACGAUUUUGCUGCGUCCGUCGCACGUGUUCACGGACAUGAAGGAGUGCUUCACACACUUCAUACACAAAAAGGAUCGACAGGGCCAUCCAAUUACUUUCGAGUUCCUUGGCGGUCAACGGAAGGCGAUGCACGAUUUUAUCGGUCGCGGUAUUUCGGAAGAUGAAGCAAUCAUGCACCAUGUCCGUUUAAUGGAGUUCAUGUGGAACGUGAUCGAUCCGCGACCGUUCCCGGAGGGCACAAUGCUCAAGGUCUAUGAUAUCAAGGGAAUUUCCAUGGCUGAUUUGUCGAGCGACGUGGUGAAUUACACGAAAAAGUGGGGUGAAGUAAUUGCCACGUACAAUCCAGAGCGUGUCUACCAGGUGUUUCUCAUUAAUCCACCGAGUUGGUUCAACCUUAUCUGGAAGCUAGUGUCACCACUUGUGAAUCAGAAGACGCGUGAGCGUAUUCACGUACUUCGUGGUCAGAAAGAUAUUACUAAAGCGCUGCUGGAGUUUGUUGCACCAGAAAAUUUGCCAAAAGAAUACGGCGGAGAGUGUCAAUGUGAAGGUGGGUGUUUUACGCAUUCACCGGAGGAAAAUGACAUUCGCGAGUGGACCGAGUUUGUCAAUGCCAAUUACCAUGGUGACCCUCAUGAUCCGGUUCUUGUUAAUGCAUACAACAAACUAUGCGAAAAAUACCAGAAACAAUUGCCACCUUCAAGUCCGAGCUACAACGGUCAUGAAGUGCCAAAUGUGACAACGCUUUAG